AUGGAAGGAAACACAUUCAACGAACCCGCUCGGAUCGAAAUCCCAGGCGAAGUCCCCGCCCUCCUCGCCGCGAUCAUGCCCCUCGCAUUCGUCUUCCUCGUCAUCGGCAUCCUGUGGUGGCACUACUCGCGCAAAAACCGGUGGGAAGCGGCCGUAAAGAAGCAGAUCGAGGAGGCACGGAGCGCAGUGCGGAAGAGUAGCGGAUAUGACGAGGAGAAGUCGCUAGAGGCGGGCGGGAAGCCGGAACUGGAUGGCGGCGGGAAGGGUGCGGUUCCGGUGGGUUGCUGCGAGUUGGAACAGCCGGGGCUGCGGGAGGUGGAUGGGAGGGAGGUGUUUGAGGUUGGCGGGUUGGAGGGCGUGGGGACCGAGAUUGGGGGCGCGGAGGUUCAUGAAAUGGGUGGUGGGCAGGGGGUUGCGGGUGAGGUUGAUGGGGUGGGUAAGGAUGGGGUUGUUGGGAUGGUUGAUGGUAAGGCUGAGGGGGAGGUUUGUGGGAAGGAUGAUGGUGAUGUUGGUGAAGUGGUCAGGUGUGAGCUUGAAGGGUGUGGGGUCCCAGAAUUGGAUGAUAAUGUGCGAGAUAGCGAAGUGCGAAGUAAAGAGCAAACGUGUGGAUAA